AUGCUCCCCACCCCUGUUAUUCCUUCUUGGACUGAGGUCAGCAGUCCCUUUCAGAACUGUGUUGUUAACAACCCCACCCCUGUUAUUUCUUCUUGGACUGAGGUCAGCAGUCCCUUUCAGAACUGUGUUGUUAACAGCCCCACCCCUGUUAUUCCUUCUUGGACUGAGGUCAGCAGUCCCUUCCAAAACCGUGUUGUUAACAACCCCACCCCUGUUAUUCCUUCUUGGACUGAGGUCAGCAGUCCCUUUCAGAACUGUGUUGUUAACAGCCCCACCCCUGUUAUUCCUUCUUGGACUGAGGUCAGCAGUCCCUUUCAGAACUGUGUUGUUAACAGCCCCACCCCUGUUAUUCCUUCUUGGACUGAGGUCAGCAGUCCCUUUCAGAACUGUGUUGUUAACAGCCCCACCCCUGUUAUUUCUUCUUGGACUGAGGUCAGCAGUCCCUUCCAAAACCGUGUUGUUAACUACCCCUACUACCCCCCCCCCUAA